UGGGGUGACAGGAAGGAGUCAUAUGAUCAACACUGGAGAGGAGGAAGGGCUGAGCUGCAAACCUGGGGGAGGAGACACAUCUAUGCAAUAUAUAAUAUAUACAUAUAUAUAUAUAUAAAAUCUGUGUGUGUGGGAGGGGAGAAAAGGUUGAUUUACUUUUAGUUAUUAUUUUGCAAUUAAAAGGAUGCAGAGAGGGAAGUGAGUUUGACUGAGAGGGAGAGAGAGGGAGAGAGACUGACUGAAGAGAGAGAGAGGGAGGAGCUGGAAGAGGAAGGAGCUGCAGGGAAGGAAUGGCACACGAUUCAGAGGCAAUGCAAUACCUGCUUUAGCUUUGCGUGUGUCUGGGGUUGUUUGCAGAAAGGGUGUUUAGUGUGUCGGAUUGCAUUUGGGGGUGUGUGGGGGGGUUGGCAGCAGUACUCUCUCCCCCUCUCUCUCUCUCCCGGUCAUCAUGGUGGAUUUCCUGGCCGACAACAACCUGUGUGGGCAGGCGAUCCUCAGGAUCGUGUCCCGGGGUAACGCCAUCAUAGCGGAGCUCCUGCGCCUUUCCGAGUUCGUGCCCAGUGUUUACCGGCUCCGGGACAAGGCUGAGCAGCACAGGUUCGGAGACAUCAUCUGCGACUUCAGCUACUUCAAGGGUCCUGAAUACUAUGAGGGUAAGUUGGAGUCUAAACCAGAUCUUCAGGAUUUGGAUGAAGAAUUUCGUGAAAAUCACAUUGAAAUUUUGACUCGGUUCUACCUCGCCUUUGAAAGUGUUCACAAGUACAUUUUGGAUCUGAACAGGUUCCUUGAGGAUCUCAAUGAGGGUGUAUACAUUCAGCAGACUCUUGAAACAGUCCUGUUAAAUGAAGAUGGAAAGCAACUUCUUUGUGAAGCCUUGUACUUGUAUGGAGUCAUGCUGCUGGUUAUUGACCACAAGAUUGAAGGGGAGGUUAGAGAAAGGAUGCUAGUUUCUUACUACAGAUACAGUGCUGCUCGCUCUUCUUCUGACUCCAAUCUGGAUGAUAUUUGCAAGCUGCUGCGUAGCACUGGUUACUCAAGUCAGACAGGUGCAAAGCGGCCUCCAAACUAUCCGGAGAGCUAUUUUCAAAGGGUCCCCAUCAGCACAGUAUUUAUCAGCAUGGUGGUUGGCCGACUCCGAUCAGAUGACAUUUAUAAUCAGGUGUCAGCCUAUCCUCUGCCGGAACACCGGAGCACUGCCCUUGCCACUCAGGCUGGCAUGCUCUAUGUUAUCCUGUACUUCGAACCAUCCAUUCUUCACACCCAACAGGCCAAGAUGAGGGAGAUAGUCGACAAGUACUUUCCUGACAACUGGGUGAUCAGUAUUUAUAUGGGGAUCACGGUAAACCUGAUAGAGGCUUGGGAACCAUACAAAGCAGCAAAGACAGCCCUUAAUUAUACACUGGAGCAGUCAAACAUCAAGGAGCAGGCGGGUCGAUAUGGUGCGAGUGUUGAGCGUCUACGACUGCAGGAGCAGCAGUUUCUAAAGGAGGGCUUCUUGAGAGAGGAGUACGUGUUGGACCACAUUCCCAAACUAUUAAACUGUUUGAGAGACUGCAAUGUGACUAUUCGCUGGCUGAUGCUUCACACUGCAGAAUCGGUGUAUGAUCCAAACAACAAGCGACUGCGGCAGAUUAAAGAUCAAGUACUCAGUGACUCCAAAUACAAUCCCAAGGCCCUUUUCCAGCUGCUACUGGAUAGUGCUCAGUUUGAGUAUGUCUUGAAGGAGAUGUUCAGGCAAAUGCUCUCAGAAAAGCAGGUAAAAUGGGAAAGCUUCAAGAAGGAGGGUUCUGAGAGAAUGACUGAGCUGGCGGAGGUCUUCUCUGGAGUAAAACCGCUCACCAGGGUUGAAAAAAAUGAAAAUCUGCAAGCCUGGUUCAGAGAGAUCUCCAAACAGAUCUCCUCCUUGAACUAUGAAGACUCCACAGCAGCUGGGAGAAAAACAGUGCAGUUAAUCCAGGCCCUGGAAGAGGUCCAGGAGUUCCACCAGCUGGAAUCCAAUCUGCAGAUCUGUCAGUUCCUGGGAGACACUCGCAAGUUCCUCCAUCAGAUGAUUCGCACCAUAAACAUUAAGGAAGAGGUACUCAUCACUAUGCAGAUCGUUGGAGACCUUUCGUAUGCUUGGCAGCUCAUUGACAGCUACACUACUAUCAUGCAAGAAGGUAUUCGAGUUAGCCCUUUCAUGGUAACCAAACUUAAAGCAACAUUUAUAAAGUUGGCUUCAGCCCUUGACCUUCCCCUGAUGCGAAUAAAUCAAGCCAAUAGCCCUGACCUGCUGAGUGUGUCCCAAUAUUACUCCGGAGAGCUCGUGGCCUAUGUUAGAAAGGUGUUACAGAUUAUUCCAGAGAGUAUGUUUACAUCCUUGGCAAAGAUUAUAAAACUCCAGACACAUAACAUUAUGGAAGUUCCAACUCGUGUGGACAAAGAUAAAUUGAAGGAUUAUGCUCAGCUUGGUGCAAGAUAUGAGGUUGCUAGACUUACCCAUGCAAUAUCAAUAUUCACCGAAGGCAUUCUCAUGAUGAAAACCACCCUUGUUGGUAUCAUUAAGGUGGAUCCUAAGCAGUUGUUGGAAGAUGGGAUUCGGAAGGAAUUGGUCAAAAGGGUUGCCUUUGGUCUUCACAAGGGGCUGAUCUUCAACCCUAAAGCCAAGACCAGUGAACUUAUGCCCAAAUUGAAAGAAAUGGCUGCCACAAUGGAUGGGUUCUACCGUUCAUUUGAAUACAUCCAGGAUUAUGUUAGCAUCUAUGGGCUGAAGAUAUGGCAGGAGGAAGUGUCCCGAAUUAUCAACUACAAUGUGGAACAAGAGUGCAAUAACUUCCUGAGGACAAAGAUUCUAGACUGGCAGAGCAUGUACCAGUCCACCCACAUCCCAAUCCCCAAAUUCCAACCUGUCGAUGAAUCAGUGACUUUUAUUGGGCGACUGUGCAGGGAAAUACUGAGAAUCACUGAUCCUAAAGUGACCUGCUAUAUUGACCAAAUCAACACAUGGUACGACCUGAAGACUCAUCAAGAAGUGACCAACAAGCAGCUCUUAUCAGAACUCCAGAACUCUUUAGGCACAUUCGGGCUGAAUGGGCUGGACAGACUACUCUGCUUCAUGAUUGUGAAGGAGAUCCAGACUUUCCUGCUUGUGCUUCAACGAAACGUGCUGAGAGAUAAGGUGAUGUUGGACACUUUCAAAUUGUUCUUGAAUCAGGUGGCCCCGCUGAAAGGAAUCGUAGCGAAUUCCAGCAAAGUGUAUUCCACUGCUGUGGCGAAAACUCAGAAAAUCUGGUCCGUUUAUCAAGAUUCUAUUCUAAAGGUGGGUCAGAUGCAGAUUCUAAGGCAGCAGAUUGCCAAUGAGCUGAGCUAUUCAUGCAAGUUUGAUUCCAAGCAUCUUGCCGCAGCACUGGAAAACCUCAACCAAGCACUUUUGGCCGAUGUUGAAGCACAUUACCGGGAUCCCACACUGCCUUACCCUAAAGACGAUAACACUCUGUUGUACGAAAUCACAGCUUACAUGGAGGCUGCUGGCAUCCACAAUCCUCUCAAUAAGAUAUAUAUAACCACAAAGAGGCUGCCAUAUUUUCCGGUGGUGAACUUUCUAUUUUUGAUCUCUCAGUUGCCAAAAGUUCAGUACAGUAAGAACCAAGGGAUGGUAUGUAAGAAAGCUGCAGAUCCCAUCGACUGGCCACCUCUGGUGGUGGGACUUGUCACGUUGCUGAAGCAAUUCCACUCACGUUACACAGAGCAUUUCCUGGCCUUGAUUGGCCAGUUUAUCCGCUCCACGGUGGAGCAGUGCACCACCAGUCAGAAGAUCCCAGAAAUGCCUGCAGAUGCUGUAGCUGCCUUGAUGUUUUUGGAGAAUUAUGUGUAUUACACAAAACUACCCAGAAAAGUUGUGGAAGCGCAUGUCCCAAGUUUCAUCUUUGACGAAUUCAGGACUAUUCUAUAAUAAUGUUCCCUGAUGAGAAGAUAUACACAAACUUCAUCAAUGUUCUGUGAAAGCCUGAAAUCUUGUCAGGAAUUGGUGUGUGUGAACAUCUAUUUGACUGGCAAUAUUAAAUAAAGUACUGAGGAGUUUAUGGCUGAAAAGUCCACAUAACCUUAAUUUCUGAUUUCAGUAAAUUGUAUAAUGAUAUUGUCGAUAAUAUAAUAGCUGUAAUGUAUUCUCUGUCAAAUGUAAAUUAUGAAAAAUAACCUGUUUCAAACAUUACCUUUUGUAUUGCAAUAAAAUUUGGAAUUUCAAGCAAAAUUGAAA